AGCCAUGCUGGGCAAAGGGGCAUCUGGCCAGCAUGUCUGUCUGGGCAGCUUACCUGCUCAGUCUGCAGCUCCCCGUUGCUUUUUGCUGGGCUUUCAGCUGCCACAACACGGAGUCUUCCCCCGGCUUCAGCCUCCCAGGGGAUUACCUCCUCGGGGGCCUCUUUGCUCUCCAUUCAGACUGCCUGCAGAUGAGGCACAGACCCCAGGUGACGCGCUGUGACAGACCCGACAGCUUCAAUGGCCACGGCUACCACCUCUUCCAGGCCAUGCGGUUCAGCAUUGAGGAGAUCAACAACUCCACAGCCUUGCUCCCCAACAUCUCCCUGGGGUAUGAACUGUUCGAUGUGUGCUCAGAGUCUGCCAAUGUGUAUGCUACACUGAGGGUGCUUGCCCAGCGGGGGACGGGCCACAUAGAGAUGCAGAGAGAUCUUCACAACUAUUCCUCCAAGGUGGUGGCACUUAUCGGGCCUGACAACACUGACCACUCUGUCACCACAGCUUCCCUGCUGGGCCCCUUUCUGAUGCCCCUGAUCAGCUAUGAGGCCAGCAGUGUGGUGCUGAGCACGAAGCGGCAGUACCCAUCUUUCCUUCGCACCAUCCCCAGCGACAGGCACCAGGUGGAGGCCAUGGUGCUGCUGCUUCGGAGUUUUGGGUGGGUCUGGAUCUCACUCAUUGGCAGCUACGGCGUUUAUGGGCAGCUGGGCGUGCAGACACUGGAGGAACUGGCCACACCACAGGGCAUCUGCAUUGCCUUCAAGGACAUCGUGCCUUUUUCUGCCCAAGUGGGUGACCCAAGGAUGCAACAAAUGGUGUACCGCUUGGCUCAAGCCAGGACCACUGUGAUUGUGGUUUUCUCUAACCGGUACCUUGCCAGAGUGUUCUUCAGGUCUGUGGUGCUGGCCAACCUGACUGGCAAGGUGUGGAUUGCCUCGGAGGACUGGGCCAUAUCUACAUACAUCACCAAUGUGCCGGGGAUCCAGGGCAUUGGGACAGUGCUGGGGGUGGCCAUCCAGCAGAGACAUGUCCCUGGCUUGAAGGAGUUUGAAGAGUCUUAUAUUAGGGCGGUAAAGGGUGCCCUCAGGUCUUGCCCAGCAGGAUCCCAGUGCAGCACUAACCAGCUUUGUCGAGAGUGCCACACUUUCACGUCAUACAGCAUGCCCAAACUUGGACCCUUCUCUAUGAGUGCCGCCUACAAUGUGUACCAGGCUGUGUACGCCGUGGCCCAUGGCCUCCACCAGCUCCUGGGAUGUACCUCUGAGACCUGUUCCAGGGGCCCAGUCUACCCCUGGCAGCUUCUGCAGGAGCUCUACAAGGUGCAUUUCCUUCUACAUAAGGAUACAGUGGCAUUCGAUGGCAGCGGGGAUCCUCUGGGUGACUAUGACAUCAUCUCCUGGGACUGGAAUGGGACCAAAUGGACCUUUGAGGUCAUUGGCUCUGCUUCAAUGUCUCAGCUGCACAUAAAUAAGACAAAAAUCCAGUGGCAUGGGAAGAACAAUCAGGCACCUAUGUCUGUGUGUACCACAGACUGUCUUGACGGGUACCACAGAGUGAUUGUGGGCUCUCACCAUUGUUGCUUUGAGUGCAUGCCCUGUGAGGCUGGGACCUUUCUCAACAAGAGUGAUCUCCACGUCUGCCAGCCUUGUGGAAGAGAAGAGUGGGCGCCGGAGGGGAGCUCCACCUGCUUCUCGCGCACCGUGGAGUUCUUGGGUUGGCAGGAGCCCAUCUCUCUGGCGCUAUUAACAGCUAACACACUACUGCUGCUGCUGCUGGUCGGAACCACUGGCCUGUUUGCAAGGCAUCUUCACACGCCUGUCGUGAGGUCAGCUGGGGGCAGGCUGUGCUACCUCAUGCUGGCUUCCCUGGCUGGUGGGAGUUGCAGCUUCUAUGGCUUCUUCGGGGAGCCCACGGUGCUCACAUGCUUGCUGCGCCAGCCGCUCUUUUCCCUCGGUUUCGCCAUCUUCCUCUCCUGCCUGACAGUCCGCUCCUUCCAACUGGUGGUCAUCUUCAAGUUUUCCACCAAGGUACCCACAUUCUACCACACUUGGGCCCAAAACCACGGUGCUGGCCUGUUUGUCGUUGCCAGCUCCACGGUCCACUUGCUCAUCUGUGUCAUAUGGCUUGCAAUGUGGACCCCACUGCCCACCAGGGAAUACCAGCGCUUCCCCCAUCUGGUGAUUCUCGAGUGCACAGAGGUCAACUCUUUGGGCUUCUUGCUGGCGUUCACCCACAACACCCUCCUCUCCAUCAGCGCCUUUGCCUGCAGCUACCUGGGUAAGGAACUGCCAGAGAACUAUAACGAAGCCAAAUGUGUCACCUUCAGCCUGCUCCUCAACUUCGUAUCCUGGAUCGCCUUCUUCACCACUUCCACUAUUUACCAGGGCAGCUACUUGCCCGCGGUCUAUGUGGUGGCCGGGCUGACCACUCUGAGUGGCGGCUUCAGCGGCUACUUCCUCCCCAAGUGCUAUGUGAUUCUCUGCCGUCCAGACCUCAACAACACAGAACACUUUCAGGCCUCCAUUCUGGACUACACGAGGCGUAGCGGCUCUACCUGAUCCCGGGGGCGGGGCAG